CGCGCAGGUCAUGGUAGAAACGCCGGGGAACGACUAAAUCGAAAUUCCCAAGCCUUGUCGUAGUUACCUAUGGUUUAUCGUACUUUCCAGUUGUUUUGGGAGUAGUGCGGCGAGAAGAUGAGUCACUUAGUGAAAUCGCUACCAAAGGGCGAUGGUACAACAUCCACGAAUCAUGGGUCGACCUUUGAGGUGUACAGCUUGGCGCUGGUCCUCUUGAACAGCUGCAAGCUUAAGAAAAAGGUGAAGGUUUGGAUCAACAAGGUGGAGUAUCAUCCUUGGGACGACCUUGUCAUCGAAAUUGAUGGCAAGAUCAUCUGCGUCCAAUUAAAGCACACGAAGGACUUCAACUACUCCAAAUUGGAGGAGUAUAUGUCGCAACGUGAGGAGGUCAUCAAACGGAAUAAGUUGGAGGAAACGACUGUAGUUUUCAUCUUUUCGUCCGUGUGUGGAGAUAAAAAGGCUUUGCACAAAUACGAGAAGGCUGAUCCAAACCAAGAGAUCCUCAAUCUAAUCCUGACCGGAAAGCAGCACGUUUACCACGAUCAGCACUUUGGACACGAGACGUUUUUGUGUAUGAAGCAGAUGAACGUAAUCGGUAUCGACAUUAGAAUUAGGGAUGCGCUGAAGGAGUAUAUAGGGAUACAAAAUGUAUCGAAAGACUUCCUCAAAACGGUCCAAGUUGUCUUGGUGGAGUACAUCCAGAAUCGUUACUAUCGUCUAAUUAAGGAGAACGAGCCGCUGACUUCGGAGGAGUUAACUGAGCAAUUGGGUUACAUUCUGCUCAAUAAAUUUAAGAUCCCCCUGUUAAUAGGCACUGGCACCGGGAUUACCAACAACCUCAGCGAGAUCCUGCCGAAAUCCAACAUCAUCGCCUUGGACCACCGUUCCAACACGAUCCUCAAAAGCGACAUUUGGAAUCACUUGCUGUUCGCCCUCAAGAAAGAGUCUCGUAAAAUGAAACAGGAAACAAUCGACUCACUGUGGAUGACCGGAAAGCUCCACAUGCCCCUCUCCUCGCCCGACAUUCUCAGCGAUCGCGAAAUUCUGCGCGCCUUAGAAAUUCUCGAUUUCGCACCAAAGGUGCUCGUCCUAAGGCCUCGAGUGUUCCACGCCAAAAUCGAGCAGAAGGUAUUUACGAUCAUGCAGAACGUUCAGCCGGAAGACUACGAGCUUCGGUUCACAAGCGGAAGCGAGACGGAAACGUUCAAGUGCAGCCUGGUGCAGUUGGACAAGGUCAGAAACAGCAAGGUGCUGCACCAGGAUUUCUUCGGCAAGCUCGCGAAGAAAUUCACCGGAAAAUCUAUGCUCGAGGCGCACGACGAGUACCACUACGUCAACGACCUCAACGCGCACGGUGACGAGAUCUGCACGGCCCUAAUCUUCUGCAUCAAACUGCCGAAGCUUGAGAUUAAAGUGAUCGAGCACCUGAUCAGCCUGGGCGCGAACGUCGACGCGGCGAUCGCCGGCGGACACGGUCCCCUCUACUUCGCCCUGAAGGCGAACCGGCUCGACCUCGUCCGGGUGCUACUCGAACACGGCGCGAACCCGAACGCCGCCGACAGGUACGGCAAUCCGCCCCUCUACUACGCCGUCGCCGACCAAAAGCUGGACAUGGUCGAGACGCUCGUGCGACACGGCGCGAACGCGGCCGCCGCCGACUUCUACGGCGACUUUCCGAUAUUCUGGGCGUACGCGCUGCGAAACUUCGCGAUUAUGGAGGCGCUGCUGCGCAAGCUCGACAGACCGUCGGCGGCGAACGCGAAGGGUUCGCACAUCCUGCACGUUGCCGCCGCCGACGGAUGCGUCGAGUGUCUGAGGUGCGUCGUGAGGUGCUGUUCGGACAUUGACGUAUUCAUGACGGGAGAUUAUUACGGGAAAACGCCUGCGGAUAUCGCCAGGGAGGGUGGGCACCGGGAGUUUGUGAAGGUUUUAGAGGAUGCUGUCGCUAACCGGACGCAAACGUGAUCAUUUUAAGACUGUGUAUUAAAGACAUUUAUUACUGACGAUCAGCUGUGAUAGGUUUUAUGCCGAACUCGUCU